AUGGCAGCCACUGUCCUUUUGGAGAGAGAUGCAGGUAUUCUCACAUCAAAUGUUCUGAAAUGCCACGUCCUCGCCCCAGUCCGACAGGACAACCUAAGAGUGGCCAGACAGGCAACCAAGAAGUCGCCCUUCAGUGCAGAGCCAAGCAACCCAGAACACGACUCCACCGCUUUGGAGACUACCAUACCCACAACUGUCACCAUGGUAGCUCUGGCGUCAACCCCAUCAUCGAAAGAUAACACCACUGAGAAUGAUGCCGUUACAGUCACCAGGUCGAGGCAUGUUGUCAUCAGUCACUGGGUGGGAAAUCCUAAUCAACAUGACAUUGACACCACUCAAAAGCUCGAACACAACAUACCUGGCGCGCCGAAUGUUAUGAAUGCAACGAUAGUGCCGGACGUGCACUUAAACCAGCGGGGGGAGCAAGGAUUUCCUCGGGGAGGAGGACAUGGAGGUCUAAGCCGGCGAGGGCAUGGAAGAGCUCAGAGAAGGAGAAAUCCUGUCAAGGCUAAACAGAAAGCUAGAGAAGAACAAGAGGAAGUUGCACGGAAAUUCAGAGCUGAACAAGAGAAAGCUGAACAGAAGGUCAAAGAAGAACAGGAGGAAGCCGCACAAAAAAUCAGAGUUGAACAAGCAGAAGCUGAACAGAGAGCCAAAGAAGAAGAACAGGAAGCUGCACUGAAAGCGAGAGAAGAGCAGGAGGAAGCUGCACGAAAAGCGAAAGAAGAGCGAAAGGAAGUUGCACAAAAAGCAAAAGAAGAGCGAAUGGAAGCUGCACAAAAAGCAAAAGAAGACUUGGUGACAUGCGGUGCAGGCAUCGACAUUCGUGGUGUUAUAGGCAGUUUUGACCUUUGUCGAAUUCUUGUGAAGCGCCUCCUGAGAAACGCCAAGCCAGAUGAGGUAGUGGGGAUUUUCUCCCAACAGGGCAUGGAUCCAAAAGACUUUUUUCUGCUUGAAAUGAAGCCCAAUGGUGGGCAUACAGAGGCGACGGUUCUGGCAAGGGCAGAGCAAGGUGAAGUCAUCACGCUUGCAUUGGACGGCAUCAAAUUUCGAGAUGAGCGUCUACGAUUUGAAGUCAGCGUAAAUGCAUCCUUGGAUUCUAUGGGCUCAUCAGGCGACAACUGCAAAACUCUGACCAUCACCUGGAAAGUUCCAACCACAUCAAUAAUUGCCACAUACACGUCGAUUGGUCUAGCAAGAGUCAUGGCCAAGGCGCUUGAUGGGCAAAUUUGUAACAGGUGCAAAGUGAGAGCAGUCAUGGAUCAGCCAAGUCGAGGUUUGCGCCACAACCUGGCAGCUUCAAUCGAACUCAUGAACUUGCUCCCAAAUGUCCCAUUAGCUGAUGUUGAGAAAUUCUCUGGAACAUGCACCCUCCAGGUUGUCUCUUCACUGACAUAUGAUCCUCAAGAAUUCACCGCAUUUCUGCGCAAUUACCUCGAGAAUUGCCCCGGCGUCGUUUCUCAGUCAUUCAUCAGCAUGCCCAGCCUGAGCAACAAAAGGGAUGACACCCUCCGCGUAAAGGUUUGGUUUCAUACCUGGGAGGCAGCAAAAUCUGUCUCAGAUACACUGGACAAGACCAAGCUCCGCCAUGAUUACCCUUUUCUUGAAACUUUACUCCCCAAAGCGCUUCAGUACGUCAUCAACAUUCCAUGCAUGCAAUACGAUUCUCAGAGCAAGCUAUGGAACUCGCUCAUGGAAGGGAGAGAAAAUGGCAAGGCUGGUCUUCACAAAAAGUCGGGGAGUUGGAAAGUCCCGAUUGUCCGGCCGACUGUCCCUUUGUCCGGCCGACCCUUCGUUCGUCCAUUUGGCGCUCCGUUGUGUUUGAACACGACUCUCUGCUGUUUUGAUCACCUACACACCUACGUUUUUCAUGGUUUCGAUAUGUGUUUCAACCACUGUGACGGCAGCCGUGGUCAACUCCACCAUUUCUGUCAAGCGCUCACGGUGCAAGCCGCUGCUAGGUCGUUCCUUACCAUGCCUUCUCAAAGCCACCCCUCGUAG